UCUGUCUGUCCGUCCGUGCUAGUGUUUAUACUUUACGAGUUAAAAAAUUUGCCCUGUCCAAACUAAGGUGUUAAUGUGGAAUUACGAGCUUAACUCCUAAUUCUGACUCCAAAAUUUGCCUAGUUACACUUUGUGAGGUAAUAUUCAUCAUGGGAAAAAAACUCGUAAAUCUUGGACACAGCACUUGUCCAUUAUAUGGACAAGAGUGAAAGAGUUAUCUCUCUUUACCCAAUCCUCAGUUUUCCCGCUCUUUUUUGAAUGUCUAUUAUGAACAUUACCGAGGGGUUCCGAAAGUUGAUGACAAAGCAGAGAAGGGAAGCCAUCUUGCCAGCUGCUGAAUAUAGGACAGUGAGUGAGAAGAAUCAAGAUGCCAGGUCGUAAAAGAAAAAAGUUGAGUAGAAGUAAUAAUGGUCAAAGUGAAUCAAAAGGAUCACCAAAAUUGUUUAUGGAAGGAGACCCUAUAUUUUGCCUAAUGGAUAUGGGAGUAUGGUGGCCUGGAUUUGUGUUGGAUGUUUGUGCAAAUGGUGUUGUCUCUGUGGCAUUUUGGAAUGAAAAUUCUAUUGUGAAAAGAUCAUUGUCAAAACUUGUAAAAUUUGACAAGAAUUCAAGCUUGAUAAUAUCAUGUAUAGAAAAAUUAGAAAAAAAGAAACGCCACAGCUUGAUUAAAAAAUACAAGGAUGACCUAUGCUUUGCAAGCUCAGCGGAGCUAUCAUCUGACACUUCCAUCCCCUCAGGAGAUUCAACCUCUUUAGUCAGUGAAGAAAGUAUGACAGUCCAGUCCUCUGUUGCAAGCAUGGAUGCAACUGUGCCCUGUACAAGAACUGCAGAAGAAACUUCUGGAAUGGUGUGCUCAGCAACUGUGUCAAUGUCAGUGGAUGAAGCAAACAUGGCCCUGCGGAGUCACUUAACAGGUUUUGAGAAAAUGCUUCUCAAAACUCAAGAUCUUGUGGAAAUACGAGGCAAAACUGGUAGGGGUGUACCUGUCUUAAUCCCAAAUGAAACGGAAUAUUUGAGUGACCCAGUUGCCAGACAAAGGGCAAGCAUUCGACCAGAGAAUAACUACAUGUUUGCCAAUACCGGUCGCACUGUUGUUCGAGCAGGGGAAUCACUUGAUCAAGUGAAAUUCAGAAGUGAAGUUGAAUUGAGAUUCUAUGCCAACAACUUGAGAAAACACACUGCAACAAUUGCCCAGGCCCUUAAUCUGAAUGACACCGAGAUGAAAUAUAUCUGCAAUCACCUUGGCCAUACACAGAAGGUCCAUGACCUCGUAUACAGACAAACAUCUGGAGUGAUCGAGAGAUUAGACAUUGCAAAGCUUAUGUUAAUUCAGGAAUUCAACGUUGCUGGCAAAUACCAAAACAAGAAGCUGUCGGAGAUUCAGUUUGACGAACUUGGAACACUUGAGAGAAAAAUUCAAGACCAAGAUCAAGAACAGCAAGACACUGAAAAUGCUGCUGAUCAAGGGAAAAAUGUGGAUGAUGACAUUGACAUUGAAGACGACUUUACAGUGUGUAGAAAAAAGGCUAAGAAAUCUGAAAGAGUCAGACGGUCUCCAGCUGAAGAAGAGGAGAUAAAGAAAUACUUCUCUCGUUAUUUUGAGGGACAUUUUCAGAAGAAAUGCCCCUCAAGGGAGCAUUGCCUUGAUGCUCUUAAAAAAAGCAAAGAAAAUGGUGGAACAAUUUUUAAGAGAAAAUGGGAAACCUUGAAAAUAAAAGUUUCCAAUAUGUUAGUCAAGAUUCAAGUAUGAAGUAGCUUAUACAAUUUUUAACUCACCUGAGCAGAAGGUUCAAGUGAGCUUUUCAGAUCAAAAUUUGUUUGUUAUUUGUCGUAGCUGUCGUUGUAGUAGUAAACUUUUCACAUUUUAACCUUGUUCUCAAGAACCAAUGAGUCAAUUUCCACCAAACUUGCCAAAAAGUAUCCUUAGGUGAAGGGGGUUCAAAUUUGUUUAAAUGAAGGGCCCUAUUCCAAAGGGAGAUAAUUAUGAAUAAGUAAAAAAUUAAUGGCAUAUGUUAAAGAUUUUCAUCUCAAGAACCACUGGGCCUGGAAAGCUGAAACUCAAAUGGAAGCAUCCUCAGGAAAUGUAGAUUCAAGUUUGUUGAAAUCAUGACUCCUGGGGGUAGCACGGGUUAUCAAAAUUUAACAUAGACAUAUAUAGGAAAAAUCUUCUUCGCAAGAACAGGAAAGCUGUGAUUGGUCAUAGUUAAAUGAUAGUAUCCUCUGGUAGUGUAUAUUUGAUGUAGUUCAAAUCAUGACCCCCCACGAUAAAGGGGGGCCACAAUUGGGAAUCUGAGUUUCACAUAGGAAAUACAUAGGAACAUUUUUAAAAAUCUUUUUAAGAACAGCAAAGCCAUGAUUGGUCAGAGUCCUCUUGUAGUUUAGAUUCAAGUUUGCUCGAAUCAUGACCCCUUGGGCAAAGAUGGAGCCAUAAUGAGAUAAAAAUUUUUUUAAGAAGGAAUUCAUAGAACAUUCUUUAAAAUUCUUCUUCUUGAGAACACCAAAGCUCUUAUUGUUCAUAUCAUAUCAUUUAUAUGGAGGCAUCCUUGGGUAGUGUAGAUUCAAGUUUGUUCAAAUCUUUAUCUGUAGGGGUUGAGUGGGGCCACAAUGGGUGAUCAAGGUAAUAUGUAGGAAUACAUAGGGACAAUUGUGAAAAUUUUUAACAAGAACAAAGCUAUCAUUGAUCAUCAUUAUAAAAGCAUUGAAAAAAGUAAUGUAGAUUUAAAUUUGUUCCAUUGACCAACCAGGAGAAAAGAGGAGCCAUUAAAAGUGGAUUAAAGUUAUACACAGGAUUAUAAAGGCUAUAUCAAUAAAUAUUUUCAUCUUGUAAACAACAAAGUUAUUUUGUAUCAUGUUAAUUUAAAAGCAUCCCCAGGAAGUAUAGAUUUAAGUUUGUUCAAAUACCCCCUCCCCUUUUUUCUCUGAAUCCACUUUUACUAGUAUAUUUCAAGAUAAGAACUGAACUGAUUUUUGCUUUUAGCCAGUUGCUCAGGUGAGUGAUGUGGCCCAUGGGCCUCGUGUUUUUUUUUUUUUUUAUUGUAUGACACAAGAACUGAGAUCAGAGAGGAUCAACUUGCUUUUUUCAUUUUUGUUUUCCAUAAGGCCUAGAAAAAAAUGUUUGUUUCCUGUACCCCGGCCGACCCAUUCAAAUUAGCCUCUUGUUGAUUUUUCUCCUGCUAAAUGGCAAAACUGUGUUUGAUCAAAUCAGCUGUUUCCAUUUAUUCAAAAGAAAUUAGUUGUAGCUUUACUUGAGACAUAAAAUAUAUCAAAAUACUUAACAUUAACCCUAAAUAUAAAGAGUAAUCAUUACUUUAAAAUAAAUUUCCCCCACAUCUUUUUGAAGUUUGUUUUCUGUCGCUUUGCAGCCAUGUUGGUUGUACACUAUAAAUAUAACACCUGGAUGAAUCAGUCCGAGAAUGUUUUUGGAGACUGUUACAGGAAACAAACAUAUUUUUUUAAGCCUAAAAGAAAAUUUGAUGUACUGAUUUUUGUGACUUAGUAAUGGAACUUGUUUGGAGAAAUUUUUGUUACACUGUUGAACAUUUGAUAUGAUGUAGUGAAAUUUCAACUCAAGAUGGAGGAUAUUCCAAUUGGAUUUAUAUUAUUUCAUUCUCCUUAUGACUACUCGGAAACAUGCUCUUUUUGCUCAGAUUUUGACAUGGAUGUUUUGGAAAUAUAUAUACAUGGAUUUUGUUGUUUAACUUUUUUAAAAGUACCAGGGAAAGAGCCAAUGCAUUUAAAACAAUGAGAUUUUAAGUUUUGAAGUUUUUUAUCCAAGAAUUGAGUGAUAGACAUGUGACAGGUUUGAGGAAAUGUAUAAAGGAUUCUAGAAACAACUAUUAAUGGACUGAAGCUUUUGAGGUGAAGAAAAAGGAAAUGUUUGCAGCCAUGUUGGUUGUACACUAUAAAUAUAACACCUGGAUGAAUCAGUCCGAGAAUGUUUUUGGGGACUGUUACAGGAAACAAACAUAUUUUUUUAAGCCUAAAAGAAAAUUUGAUGUACUGAUUUUUGUGACUUAGUAAUGGAACUUGUUUGGAGAAAUUUUUGUUACACUGUUGAACAUUUGAUAUGAUGUAGUGAAAUUUAGUGCAACUUGGGAUUUUUUUUAGUCACAUUAACCAAAGGCUAAUGUAAGCUUUUCUAAUCACAAAGUAUCCAGCAUCUGUCUGUCACUUUUUUUCUUAAUUUCAGAUAUUGUAGAUUCAGGUUUUUUCAUAUUAUGACCCCCUGAGUUAGGUCACAACAAGGGUCCAAGUUUAAUGCAGUAAUAAAUAGGAAAUAUCUUAAAAGUCUUCUCAAGAAUAGCAAAGCUAUUGUUAGCCAUAUUAAUUUUUAAAAUGUAAAAUCUUUUCAAGGAAUAGCAAAACAUAAUUCAAAGCAUCUGUAUUUAGUGAAGUUUUAUUUUGAAAAAAUCUUUAAAAAGUCUUUCUCAACAACAACAAAUUCAUAAUAAGCAAUAUAUAUUGAAUUAUUCUUUGAAAUGUGCAUUAAAGUUUGUUCAAAUUUUGACCCCCUGGAGUGGGGAGAAGUUGAUAUAAGAUUUAUGUUGGGAAAUAACCUAGAAUGAACAUUUUUGUCUGGUUAGUGUCAUGGCCAAUUGGCUCUUUUGUUAAUAUAGCCAAAAGUUUCAAACAGACAUGUAUGACACUAUACAGGUAUGAUCAGAAAAAGAGAAAAAAACAUUGGCAAAUCCGAAUUUUAAAUGUAUGUACAUCUAUCUUGAAAUACAUUUACUCUCAUUUUGUAGUAUAUGAAAUACUGAUUUGGUUGGAUUUGUAUGUUGAACAUUGAAGAGUUAAUCAAUUUCAAUUUAUGACUGAAAAAGAAAAAGAAAAAGACAACAACAUGUUCCUAGAAAAAAAAAAUCGCUAGAAUUUGUAAUUGAAGUAUUGCUACUUGAACAAGUUUUAUCACCUAAAAUUGGGAUACCUUACCAGGAGUAUGGGCAAGACACCAGAGGGUGAUAUUUCUUAAAUAAUCCCUAUAUAAUCCCAAUGAUUAAUCCCUUGAAUCGCUUAUCUCAAAAAUUUUUAAACAUUGAAAACAAUUUAGAAAUCACUGAAGAAUGACAAUUAUGAAUAAUUAUUGAUAUUAUACCAUAUAUUUGAGGAACAUGCUGUCUGUCCUUAAGUCCUCUAAGCUAUGGUCUUAGGGCCUGGAUUUAAGUUUUUAAGAUAACAAAGAUUAUGUAUUUUAUUUUGUUUUAAGAAAGAUUAUGUUAUUUUAGUCUUGGUAUAUUUGUUUUAAAAAGAAAAUUUGUAAUCUUACUUUGUUGCAACAAGCACUGUCAAAUAAAGUAUAUAAUUUGUUGAAA